CCCAGGGCGGCUGGCGAGAGCCGGGCGCGCGCGAUGGAAGGGGCUGUCUCGCGCUGCGCUCCCUCGCCGCACCUCCCGCCCUUCGCGUGCGCAACAUGACUUUCCGCGGGCUUUGGGAAGUCCGGCUCAACUCCACUCAGUCCGCAAUGGCCCUCCGCAGCGCCGUUGCGGGCCCGGAGAAAGGCAACGGCACCGAGACCCUCGCGAAGGAAUGCGGCUCCGUCUCGGUGGCUUUCCCCUUGGCCAUGAUGAUCACAGGCAUGGUGGGCAACGGACUGGCCAUGCUGUUAGCCUACCGAGCCUACCAGAAGAAGGAGAACCAGCGGAAGAGGCCGUUCUUGCUGUGCAUUGGUUCCCUGGCCCUGACAGACCUCGCUGGGCAGCUCCUGACCAGCCCCGUGGUCAUCACAGUGUACUUGGCCAAUCGGAAAUGGCAGGCAGUGGACCCUUCGCAUGGCCUGUGUGCCUUCUUUGGCUUGGCCAUGACUGUCUUUGGUCUUUGCCCCCUCUUCAUCGCAAGUGCCAUGGCUGUGGAAAGGGCACUGGCCAUCCGGGCCCCCCACUGGUACACCAGCCACAUGAAGACCAGGCUGACCAAGACUGUGCUACUUGGUGUGUGGCUGACUAGCUUUGCUUUCGCUCUCUUGCCCAUCGUGGGCAUCGGGAAGUAUACGCUUCAGUGGCCAGGCACCUGGUGCUUCAUCAGUACGAAGGAUCACGACAAUCCCUGGGUGGGCAGCGCAUUUGCUUUCUUGGGUCUGCUUUCCCUCGCUGUCACUGUGGCAUGCAACAUGGCAACCAUAAUUGCGCUGGUGUGUCGCUGCUGGUCCAAGAGCUCAACAUCCCGGUCCAGGAGGCAGUGGGGCAGGAUUACCAUGGAAACCUUUAUCCAGUUGCUGGGAAUCAUGUGUGUCCUCCUUGCUUGUUGGUCCCCCCUUUUGGUGACAAUGUUGAAAGUGACUUUUAACCCCAACCCUAUGAAUCAAUGCAGAGAAUCCUGUAACCAAACCCAAAGUACAGAACAGCAGCCAGAAUGCAAUUUCUCCUUAACCAAUAUCCGCUUGGCUUCACUGAAUCAGAUCCUGGACCCUUGGGUUUACUUGCUACUCAGGAAGAUCUUCCUGCAGAAGUUUUGUCAGGUAGCCCAUGCCAUUUCGUGCCGCUCUCAGGACAGAUGGAAAGGGUAACAUGUCAUUUUAUCCAGCAAAUUCAGAAACACGACAGUUUGAAUCAGCUUGCAUGUCAGUGCUUUUCUUUAACUCAUUGUUUUCCUUACUGUGAAUCUGGGUGUCCAGCUCAUGUCCAUUUCUGUCUGUAAAUUAAUUGCGAGGAAGUUACAGGUUAAGUAGAGUUAAACUGGCAGAUUGUUAUGCUGUUCCUGUCUACCAGAAAUGGUUAGAUUGUAAAGAAAUUAAAACAGUUCAUGCAAGUCCUGUAUAAAGUCUGUAACAAAGAAUAUGACUGUGCUGAAGACGCCUGGAAAUUUUUCUGCUAUAUAAAAAAAAAAAUAUUUUAAAUUAGAGGCUAUAAGCUGUAGAUUCAAAGUCUAAUAAGGGAUUGUGAUCUAUAUUGUCUUUGAAAUCAUCGCCAAAUAUUUCCUUUUGUUUCAGCCCUUUUUCAGUUACCAGUUUAAGUUAGAAGGAAAGAUGCUUCUUUUUCAUGAAGAAUCCAAUCAAAGAAUCAAAAAUGUUACUGUUUGUAUUAUUUGCCUGGCAGCUUCCCUUAAGAGCACUGAGAGUAAUAAAGGACUUUUAAAUACACUGAGUUGCCAUCAUAAUCUUCAAUAAAUACUA